AAAAUGUGUGUGGGCGAGCGAAUCGGAAGCGGCAGGCAAAGUUGAAGGUGGCCAAAAGUUUCAAUAAAUCGAUGCCAGCAUAAAGACGUUGCCAUGGCAAUUAAAAGUCCUUUGCAGGGCCAAACAUGUCAAAAGUAUCGUCGUAAACAAAAUAAAGCUGAUGCUACUCGCAUAGUAAAAUGGGAAUGUUGCACAAUUUGGCCGACUUGAUAAAGAUUAAAAAGGAUAAAAUGACGAUUCUGGUGCUGGGACUAAACAACAGCGGAAAAUCCUCGAUAAUCAAUCAUUUUAAGAAAUCCAGCGAACAGACUUCCAUCGUGGUGCCCACAGUUGGCUUUAUGGUGGAGCAGUUUUAUAGUAAGUGGUUGUGGAACAUUCGAAGCACCCAGUGUACACGUACUUACAACUAUCCUAUCGGAACAGGCAUGUCUGGUGUUUCCAUAAAGGCAAUUGAUAUGUCCGGAGCCACACGAUACAGGAACCUCUGGGAGCACCAGUUUAAGAACUGUCAUGGAAUAAUAUAUGUGAUUGAUUCCAGCGAUCGCAUGAGAUUUGUGGUGGUAAAAGAUGAGCUGGAUCUCGUGCUGCAGCAUCCCGACCUGUGCAACCGUAUUGUGCCAAUUCUGUUUUAUGGAAACAAAAUGGACAUGGAGGAUUCUCUGUCCAGUGUAAAAAUUGCAGCAGCACUCAGAUUGGAAAACAUCAAGGAGAAACCCUGGCACAUCUGCUCCAGCAGUGCCGUAUCCGGCGAAGGUCUUGGCGAGGGUGUCCAAUGGCUUAUCCAGCAAAUGCGUUUCGCCAUGUUAAACAACAAAAAUGCCGCCAAAUCCAGGUCCAAGCACUCCAAGUAGUUUUAAAUUAACACCCACUUUACUUGAUGUUCAAUAAAAAGCAUUGAUUUUUUUGAAAAAGAGUA